UUAAGUGCCCUCUGAAUCAGUUGAAACCAGAAGUACUUCUUGUCAAACGUGUAGGGGGGGGGGGAUUUAACACCAACAAACAAAAAAGUAUCCAAAGACAAAGACGCCGAUUCCAGGAGUGGUUCUCCGCUAUUACACUUGCACUCGGAUCUUGUUAAAGCCAUUGACAUGCCUCCAAAGAGACGCAGCGCAGCUCCGAGCGCUCAGCUUUCUAAGGCUGCGGAGGAUAAACACACCAACCGCGUCGGUGUCCCCGGGACGCCGGGUAGGAUCCCCCAGCUCUCUCUUGAAAGGCACAAAGACAAGGAGCCGCCAUUUGUCUCGCUGUGCCAGGAGCUGAGAGUGACAGAUGAGGUGUGCAACCUGGCCUGGAAAAUAUGGGAGACGAUGGUGGCCUCGGUGGAUAUUGUUCUUGACACCAGCCGCAAACACUGGGGUGCCUGUAUAUUUGUAGCUGCUACAGACCUGGAUGCCAUGACUUUCACAAUCACGGAGGUACAGAAGACAGUGGGUCUGAAUGUUGUUGAGUUUUUUAACCUUUUGAAGAAGAUGGACAUCAACAUGGAUACCAUCAGUGUUAAAGUGAAUACUGCAGUGUCCAGACUUGAAAAGAAGUAUGAAGUCCUGCUAGCUCUGUUUCAGAGGUUUGAACGGACAUGUGGUAAAAUCUACAUUGCUGUCUCUGAUAAUGCGGGAAAUGCAGGACCUGAUGCUAAACAGAUUAUGAGAAGCUGCUGGACACUAUUUCUGUUGGCAAAAGGAAAUGUGCUGCAGAUGGAAGAUGACCUGGUGAUCUCUUUUCAACUGCUGCUGUGUGUCCUUGAGUACUUUAUCAAGCGCUCUCCCCCCACUGUUCUCCAGGAGCCUUUCAAGAUUGCUGCUAAUGGGGUUCAUAGUACCACCCCAACAAGGACAUCACGGCGUGGCCUGGGUAGGGGUGCCCGUGCUGCCCCCAAACCAGCUGACACUGACCUGCGGGUGAUGGAGGCCCUGUGCAAGGAGAACGAGUGUACUGUGGACGAGGUAAAGAAUGUGUAUUUCACCAGUUUCGUGGCCUUCCUUGAUUCUGUGGGAUUGGCAGGCUCACAGGAGAUUCCUGAGUCUGAAGAUCUUUCCAAACAGUAUGAAGAGCUUUACUUUAAAAGCAAAGAUUUUGAUGCCAGGUUGUUCUUGGAUCAUGAUGAAACCCUACAGCCAGUUAAAACCGAUGUGUCACAGCUGGAGCGAACGCCCAGAAAAAAUCCUUUGGAGGAGGAGGUACUCCCCAUCCCACCACAGACUCCAGUCAGAGCUGCCAUGAACUGCAUUCAACAGCUAAAGGUCAUCCUCAACUCCGCCAGUGACUGGCCAUCAGAAAACCUCGUAAAGUACUUCAGUAACUGUACAGUGAACCCCUCUGAGGAGAUCACCGAGAGGGUGGUGAAUAUGAGAGAACUCUUCAUCGAUAGGUUUGCUCGCGCCGUGGGGCAACAAUGCAUUGAAAUCGGAUCACAGAGAUUUGUACUUGGUGUUCGGUUAUACUACAGAGUGAUGGAAUCCAUGCUUAGAUCUGAGGAAGAACGGCUGUCUAUUCAAAAUUUUAGCAAGCUCCUCAGCAAUGCAGAUUUCCACACCUCUCUGUUGGCCUGUGCUUUGGAAGUUGUCAUGGCUACUUAUGACUGGAGCACUUUCAAGAGCAGCAGCAGCUCAUCGGAGACAGACCUGUCCUUCCCCUGGAUCCUGGAUGUCUUCAAGCUGAAGGCCUUCGACUUCUACAAGGUCAUUGAGAGCUUCAUCAAGGCGGAGCCCAGCCUGACGCGGGAGAUGAUCAAGCAUCUUGAGCGCUGCGAGCACCUCAUCAUGGAGAGCAUCGCCUGGAGAUCGGACUCCCCUCUGUUCGAGCUUCUCCGACAGUCCAGAGAGCAGGAGGGUGCAGUGGAGCAGGCUGAGCCUCCUGGGAUGCUCAACCAGCUUCUACAGCAUGACCACACUGCCGCAGACCUGUACCUGUCCCCAGUGCGGUCUCCCUGGAAGAAGAGCCAGUCGGUCGCCAGCAGUGCUUCCCAGGGAGCUGAUGCUCAGACGGGCCCCUCCAGCCAGUCUCAGACCUCCUCUCACAAACACCUCAAGUCUACCUCACUCUCUCUCUUCUACAAGAAAGUGUAUCGCCUGGCCUACCUGCGUCUGAACAUGCUGUUCUCCCACCUGUUAAAGGACCACCCUGAGCUGGAGCACAUCAUCUGGACACUGUUCCAGCACACACUGCAGCAUGAACACGAGCUGUUGAAGGACCGCCACCUGGACCAGAUCAUGAUGUCAGCCAUGUAUGCAAUCUGCAAGGUGAAGAACAUCGACCUGCGGUUCAAGACAAUUGUCACAGCCUACAAAGAGCUUCCCAACACACACCAGGAGACGUUUAAACACGUGCUGAUUCGGGAAGGCCAGUAUGACUCCAUCAUUGCAUUCUAUAACCAGGUCUUCAUGCAGAAGCUGAAAACCAACAUCCUGCAGUACGCCUCUCCCAGGCCACCUACGCUCUCCCCAAUCCCGCACAUCCCCUGCAGCCCCUACAAAUUCUCCAACUCCCCCCUUCGAGUGCCUGGGAGCAACAAUGUGUACGUCUCCCCCCUGAAGAGUGCCCGCAUGUCGCCCAGCGUCAUGACCCCUCGCUCCAGGAUCCUGGUGUCCAUUGGGGAAUCCUUUGGGACUUCAGAGAAGUUCCAGAGGAUCAACCAGAUGGUAAGCAGCAGUGACUGGUCUCUGAAAAGAGGACUGGAGAGCAACAGCGCUCCCAAGCCCCUCAAGAGACUGCGCUUUGACACGGACGGCCAAGACGAGGCUGACGGAAGCAAAUCAGCUGGAGAGUCCAAGUUCCAACAGAAGCUUGCUGAAAUGACUUCCACUAGGACCAGAAUGCAAGAACAGAAGCUAAAAGAUGCGGCUGUAGACUCUUUGAAAGAGGAGAAGCACUGAGACUGUCACCACCUCAGGAGAUCCCUUUGCCCCAUUUUUACACAAAACAGAAACUCCAUUUAAAAAAACUUUUUUGUACAUUUGAACUGUGUAAUAAUUCUGGUGAUUUUUUAAAAAAAAAUUAGACUUGCUUUUUUAUUAUUUUAAAUGCAUUUCUGCUUGGGCAGAAAUUUGAGGGGUUAUUUUUUAAUUUAUAGUAUAUUGUGUGGCUUUUGUUCCCCCAAUUGUUUGCAUUUUGUUUUCUUGAAGGUUUUGAUGUUCUUACUGACAGUUGUGUGUGUAGAACCUUAUAGAGUAGAUUCUGAAAGCAUUAUAAUUUUUUAAAUUAUUGUACUGUAAUUAUAAGCCAUUUUCUUCCUGUGCUUGAAAACACAUGGACCACAUUGUUCACAAACUCAGUCAGUCUUUUGUGAACAUAAGAAUUUGACACUAGUAAACAUUAACCAAAAUGUGACUCUUGCUAUACAGGGCUAUACCAGACGAUCUUAAAUUUUGUUCCUUUUUUUUCCUGCACAACCCAUAACUACUGUAGGACAAGUGUACAAUUUACAGUUUGACUGCAGUUUGAAUAUUUACUAAUUUAUUUUUCUAUGAUAAUUUAUUAAGCUCAGGUAGAGAGCCAGACUGUGCCAGGAGUGUUCUCUCGCAUCUGAUAUAAAACAGUCUUGACAUCCGUACUUCGUUAUUUACUGUCCCUGCAGCUAGAUGCAAGGCUUUGCAGUAAUUAAACUGAAUGGUAUUAGUCUAAGCAAUGAUAUAUUACAAGCCUUAUUGUAGUCAGCAAAGGAUGAGAAAUUUGAAAAUUUUGAAAAAAACAAUACCUUGAUCACAGAGUAUGUAUAGAUUUGAAAUGAGGUCAUCCAUCUCACCUAUCCUGUCUCCUACUUUCCGAAAAAAAUCUCUUAAUCUAGACUAAUAAAGAAAAUAAACCCAGUUGAGUAAAUGAGAUCUGAAUGAAAAUCAAAACAGCCCAUACCUCUUUAAGACCAAGUUUGAAGACCCCCUAUGUAAAGCAGGAUUAAGAUGCUGCUUUCAUGAGGAGGAAAACAGGAAUGGAACUUUCCCCUGAAAUUUUAAUUCCCCUUUUCCACAAAACUUUUGAAAUUACCUGUCUGGUUUAUUGUUGAAAUAGACUCAUUUCUACAAUAAUAAAUUGUAAUCUGUGGUCAUUUGUUACAAGUGGGGUUAAAUUUAUAUGUGACAAUUGUUUGAGUCAAUGAAACACCUUUUGUAUAAGUUUUCCUUUAAGGUACAGGAAUAAAAAGGAGUUAUGUAAAUCUGCUACUAAAAUUGCCUGUUUUGUGUCUUGAUGAUGAUACAAUACUAAGCAUCAACUACUAAAUAACUGGUUAGAUAUAGAGAAUUUGAGAUUUUAACAUUUCUGAAGACAAGACGAAGGCUUGUGAUGUGUCCAUAGUACUAGUUAAAUAAGAGGUUAUUCUGAAUAUCAUGUUCUGUACAUGAAAGCAGUUAUUCAAACAUCCAGCUGUGACUUUACACACUGGAUCAGUAGGAUGAUUUUCAGUCAGACUGUACCAAUAUUGUUUAAUAUUUCUGAGUUAUAAAGAGCUUCAAAAAUUGGUUGAGCUUUUAACACAGGGGUGUGUAAUUGCCAAUAAUUGUGCAACUGUGUUUAAUGUUCACCUUUCUAUUUAAAAUACGUUUUAUUUUCUUAAUUAGAAUGUUUCUUAAUAUAAAGCCACUCACCAAGACCUUUGUGAUCAAUAGAUAUUGAUAGAAAGUUUUCCUGUAUGUAAAUCUAUUUAUUGGUCCUAAAAUAUAAACCUAUUUUUGAUGGCAUGUCAGUUUCUUGCUAGUAAACCUGGGGCCAUAAGAUUAAUUAUGAUAUUGAUUAUGUAUCAGCAUAACAGUUUAAAUGACAUUCAAAAUAUUCCUAUGAAAAUGUACAAUCUAAUGUGAGAAAAUGAACGAAAUGUAGAAUUUAACCAUCUCUGUAUGCAUCAGGGGUCAAGGAGUAGAUGAUGUGGGUCAUAGUUUAAAUCUUUUUAGUCCAGCAGUAGGGGACUAACUGUGAUCUAAAAUAUAAUCCUUUAAAAUACAAUCCCCUCAUCAACAUUGCAGUAUGACUUCUGGCCACAUGCUUCAGUUCAACAGGUUGUGCAGCAAUGCAAGCAAGCAAGGUGUGCAGCACUUCACUGCAACUAAAGCAUACUGGCACAUGGGAUGAGCUUAUGUUGGGUGUCCCAUUAAUUGUGAUGGAGGAUUGAAAUGGUGAACUGACCCUAGAUAUUUUGUAGAAGAAAAUUAUUAAUGUGAACAGUUAUAACUCUUGCUAAUCCAGCUAAAUGAGGUGUAAGACACAAAUGGGGGGAAAAAACACUUUAAUUGACUCGGGAUGCUCUGUAAGUCAUUGCAGUCAUUAAAAGUCAUUGCAGUUUCAGAAGAGUCGAGUACACCUACAUCCCAAUGAGCAGGUUAAAGCUAACAAAUCAGAUUGUCAGCCCAACACCAAAGUAUUUUGAAAGUGAGACACCCACAGCAAGAGAGUUUCUGUGGCUAUUCUAAAUUUACACUCAUCUUGAGCAAAAAUACCGUGCAGUGUUACUAGCCAAUGUAAUGCACAUGAAAGAAAAGGUUAGGGACUGGAGCACAAAUUGAUUCUUGUGAAUAAGAAGUGCAUUUGCUAGCCAGCCCACUAAUCAUUCAAAUCUGGAAAUGCAAAGGUUAUUUUUGAACUACUCCUUUUUUUAAAAUGUCUGUUGACUACAUGUAUGUAUAGGGACAGUUAGAAAUUGAUAAAAUCCCAUUAUGCCACAAACUUAUUUCCAUGUGAGCCUUGGUACAGAUUUCCCAUCUUUUACAUCACACAGUUGAUCCCCCUCUGUGGGAGGAACACCUGAUUCUUUCCAGCUGUUCUUUGCCAUUGCAGGUCAUAGGGUGGAUAACCCUGAAAACAGCCACAUGGAUGCAAAAUGAUUUAAAUUAAGUCCAAAAUCAGGACAGAAACAGAUCUGUCUGAUCCUCAGAUCUGUUAGUGCCCUCCAUACACAAAGUUUGUGACGUAUGAGGGACAGAUCAAUUUACUUGCCCUUUAUUAACUUAUGUUGCCCCUAAGGAUACUUCCCCAUGCAGUUAAAAUGGAAGUGCUGUAAUUACUGUAUAUCUAUAACUACACAGAACACCUUGUUUCCUAUUGGAAGGAAUAUGAUUGUCAGAAUCUACCCAAUUUACAAUUUCAGUCCAUUGUAGAUUUUACUUAUGGUAUACCUCAAGUCUUAUAAUGAACAAAUGACACAAUAAUUAAAAGAUACAAUUGCUUUUUUAAUCCUUUCAGUUUCAAAACAAAAAAGAACAUGCUUAAUUGUAAACAAGACUAUAACUCCCUUUUAGGUGGGUAGCUGCGUCAGCAUGCAUAGGCUGCAAAGGAACAAGUAAUAGGUUUAUUCCAUGCUGAAA